AUGGCAAGUUUUAACAAUUACGAUGUAGAGGUAGUAGAGAAAGAAAUUGUAUUGGCUGCUCUACCAGUCCAAGAGCAUGUUCUUCCUUUCCGCAACAUAGAUCUAACAAUCCCUUGCGUUGCCGUACAUGUUUUCUUCUGUUAUGAAAAACCCUAUGAGACUUCUUUUACGUCUGUUGUGUCUAAUCUCAAGAGUUCUCUCUCCAAGGCUUUUGUGUCUUUUGAUGCUUUGGCUGGAAGAUUGGUCAGUAAUGGUGUUGGGGAAACAGAACUAGUUUGCAAUAACAAGGGUGCUGAAUUUUUAAAAGCUUAUGCACUCACUUCUCUUACUCAAGUGGAGUUCUACAACCCCAUUGCAGUUGUGGGCAACAAGCUUGUCCCUCCUACUCUUGCAAAGGACUUUCAAGGAAAUGGUACUCCCGUUUUUGCUGUUCAGGUAACAGAGUUUAGCAGAAACAAAAUGAUCCAGUCCAUAACUCCAAGCUUUACACAUUCCAUUAUAGUCCCUAGAGAUCCUCCAAAUCGUUGUUCUGAAAUUGACAAAAUGUAUAUGAAACUGCAGUCUUUACCACAACUUAUCAAACAAAUCCCUGAGCCUGCUAAAGCUAGUAGAAUCUAUUACCUCAAUGCCAAAGAUAUAGAAAAGCUCCAACAUAGUGCAAACGAACAUGGCAACAAUUAUAGCAAAUUAGAAGCUUUUUCUGCUUAUUUUUGGAAACUGUUAAUACAAUGCCAAGAGAUAAAAGACACAAUAAAUUGUAAUAUACGCAUUGCUAUAGAUGGUCGCUCUUGUCUAAAGAAGAUGGGAAUGACUGCUAACUACUUUGGAAAUGUUCUAUCAACUCCUUUUGAUGCAGCUAAUGCUGGUAUCAUCAAGGAGGAACCACAUAGUUGGGGUGCAAACUUAAUUCAUGAUGCAAUAUAUAGGGUAGCAAAUGAAGAGUAUUUUCGAAGUUUAGUAGAUUUGGUAGAGAUGUCCAAGCCAUAA